GCGGCAUCAUGGCGGAUAGUGACGGAGAGAGCUUGGAGUCCUGGCUUAAUAAAGCAACAAACCCGUGCAAUAGGCAGGAGGACUGGGAGUACAUAAUCAGCUUCUGUGACCAGAUCAAUAAAGAGCUAGAAGGUCCUCAGAUAGCUGUCAGACUCCUGGCUCACAAAAUUCAAUCACCUCAAGAAUGGGAAGCUCUACAGGCCCUUACAGUUUUGGAGGCCUGCAUGAAGAACUGUGGGAGAAGGUUCCACAUUGAGGUUGGGAAAUUCAGAUUCCUUAAUGAGUUGAUUAAAGUUGUCUCUCCAAAGUACUUGGGAGACAGAGUAUCUGAAAAUGUGAAGAGCAAAGUGGUGUGUCUGCUGUACAGUUGGACAACAGCUCUGCCAGAGGAGGCCAAGAUAAAGGAUGCAUACCUUAUGCUGAAGAGACAAGGUAUUGUCAUAUCAGAUCCUUCAGUCCCAGUUGAUUGCACGUUGAUCCCUUCCCCACCAUCUCGUCCAAAGAAUCCCAUCUUUGAGGAUGAGGAGAGAUCGAAGCUUUUGGCGAAAUUGCUAAAAAGUAAGAAUCCUGAUGACCUACAGGAAGCUAACAAGCUGAUUAAGUCCAUGGUGAAGGAGGAUGAAGUGAGGAUGCAAAGAGUAAGCAAACGGACACAUACCCUGGAGGAAGUAAAUAACAAUGUAAAGCUUCUGCAGGAAAUGCUGACACAUUACAGCAAGGAUGAAUCCUCAGAAGGUGACAAGGAGCUUUUAAAGGAGUUGUACGAGAGAUGUGAGACCAAGAGAUUGACUUUGUUUAAAAUGGCCAGCGAGACAGAAGAUAAUGAUAGCAGCCUGGGGGACAUCCUGCAGACCAGUGACAACCUAUCUCGAGUCAUCAACACCUACAAAAAGAUUGUGGAAGGUCAAGAUAUCAAUGGAGAGGUGGAUCUUCCAGUUGCAGUUAAUAAUGAAGUGGCUCCUUCCAGCACAGACUUACCUACACUCAUUGACCUGGCAGGGUUUGAGGCCCCUUGUGUCCCGGUAGAACCGGUUCCAUUUCCAGCAGCACCAAUAGAACCAGCCCAACCUCUGCAGCCACCAGCACUGAUUCCUAUCCUUCCACCACCCCCUGCAGUCUCUGCACACACUCGCAGUCGCCCCUCUCAUAUGGAUAAAGUGCUCGCUCAGAUGAACAGUACAUCAAACUCCAUUUGUUUAUUGGAUGAGGAGCUGCUAUGUUUAAGCCUGGAUGAGCCAGCUCCAAACACAGAAGCUGAGGAGGCUUCAAAUUCCAAGUCUGACUUACUCCAGGUAGAGAGGAGGGAGCUGGAUUUCUUCACAGGACCACCCCUGAAUCCUCUGCCACCAUCAAGUACAGCCCCUUUGCUCACCCAAUCAUUACAGCCGCUUGGUGCUCCUACUGUAGUGCCAUACACUGCAGCCCUCAGCUAUCCCCCUCUGUUCAGUGCAGCCCCAGCUAUACCUCAGACAGUGCCAACAAAUGCCCCUCUGCCAGGAGGUAUUGCCCUCCAUGAGCUCGAAAUGUUAGGGCAACAGCUCUUGGAUGAAGCCAAAGGAGCAUCAACCAAGCCAGCCUCUUCUAUAUUGUGUUCAAGCACUGCUCUGUCCUCCAUUUCUUCCAAGACCCCAAAUCCAGAAGGAUUCCCAACUGCAGCCCUCACUCAAUGCCCACUUCCUAUGGCCCCUGGGAGCCCUCUCUUCCUGCCUAACCAGGGCAGUCCCCAAAAAGGCAAUGAAAUAUCACUGGGAAAUGUGUCUGUUCCUCUAGAGUCAAUUAAUCCCAGUCCUAUGCUCCCUGUCACUGCUUAUGACAAGAAUGGUUUCCGCAUCUUGCUGCACUUUGCAAAGAAUUGCCCACCAGGUCGGCCAGAUGUCCUGGUGGUGAUUGUUUCCAUGUUGAAUACGGCGCCCCUCCCUGUGCGAAACAUCCUCCUGCAGGCAGCUGUUCCCAAGACCAUGAAGGUAAAGCUGCAGCCACCCACGGGAACAGAGAUGGCCGCAUUUAGUCCCAUCCAGCCCCCAGCAGCCAUCACUCAGAUCAUGCUGUUGGCAAACCCGCUAAAGGAGAAGGUCCGGCUCAGAUACAAAUUGUCCUUCAUGCUGGGGGAAGAGGCCAACACAGAAGUAGGAGAGGUGGACCAGUUUCCAGAGCCUGAGAAAUGGGGGAAGCUAUGACCUCAGACUGUGACGUGGACAGGGGGAUGACUCCACUGUAAAAUUUUGAUUGUUUACACAUCCUGUCAACUUCACGAGUAUCUGCUGAGAAGAAGUGACUCACAAGGUGUGACAGAGAGCCCCACAGCACUUUAUCCACUAAGAGGACUCGUCUCUGUUUGGGAGGGUCCAGGACCUGUAUAGUUCAUGUCUAAGAACCUGUGUGUCAGGUAGUAAAGGGGUUAACACACGUAAUGAACAACCCUACAGUUCCAACUUUACCACCACAACUGAGCAGCAAGCUGGUCAUUGUCAGCUGGUUAGUUUCUCAAGUGGUUAGUAUUAUUGCAAUUAAUUUAUUUUUAUUUUUUUCUUUGUAGCUUGUAAAAAAACGAGGACUGUGCGGUUGUGUCCACCAAUAAAUAACUGGCCUCUUAGCACUUUAAA